CGCAAGAAGGAGCUGAAUGUUGUCUGUAACCUCAAAUUUUUAUGAUACAAUCAUCAUAGAAUUUUGAGAAUGUAAAUUGCAGAUUGCAAAGAUAUUAAACCCUUAAUAAUUAGAAUUUACAUAUCUUUGUUACAGUGAAACAAUAGAAUCAAUAUGGAGCAAAUGGUUAAUCAAAUCUCUACUUCAAACUGGCAAAACGUUCUUGAUUCGUUAUGUUCUCCUAUGGACGACAGCAUCUUGUUUAAAAUUUUUCAUGAAGUUCUUAUGAACCAACUUGUUGAGGGUAAUGAAACUAGUAGAAUGGUUGGAUUUUGCCUAUCGGAUAAAUUGAAUCGUUCGUGUCUGGAAAAGUGGUUGUCAGUAAACUUGAAAAAGUACUGUACAACGAAAAGUGCAUCAGAGUCGAAACGCUUUCGAGAAUUGGGCAAUGAAGUAUUCAAAUCUGGUGCUGACAGGAAGAGCUUGGAGUUCUAUUCAAAGAGUGUCUGCUUAGCUCCUUUCAAAAGCGAAGAGUUUCCUUUAGCCUUGGCUAACAGAUCAGCAGCAUUAUUUCGUCUCCAACUUUUCAAGGAAUGUCUUCAAGAUGUCGACUUGGCAUUGAAAAAUGGUUACCCCAAAAAUUUGAGGCACAAGCUCUUAUUGAGAAAGGGAAAGUUAUUGCUGACCUGGAAAAAGUGCAAGCAAGCUUUGGAUGUUUUCAAGGAAGCAGAAAAAUGUUGGCCACCUAAGGAGAAGAAGAAUUCCGUAAUCUUCGAUGACUUGAUUAAAUCAAAGGAAAUUGCUCGUGAAGGAAUCGCGUUUAAUCUACAAAAUCUCUCAUCAGAUGAUGAGAUAGUAGAGCCAUUUCCUACUGUGAGGAAAGGAGAGAGCACAACUUUAAAACAUAUGUCCGCCGCUCUUGAUCUCAAAGUUACUGAAGAGAAAGGCAGACACAUUGUGGCAAAUACUGAUAUCAAUGCAGGCGACAUUCUAUUUGUGGAGAAGCCGUAUGCGUUUGUCGUGCUGCCAAUUGCCUAUGAUACCAACGGCCACAAUUUCUGUCAUAACUGCUGCACUGAUGUUUUCGCUCCAAUACCUUGUCAGUCGUGCGUGACUGCCAUGUACUGCAGCGAGGCGUGUUGCAAGGCGGCGUGGGAUCGAUUCCACAGAUGGGAGUGUGGCGGCCUGGACUUCUUCCAUUUGGUGGGCAUCGCACAUCUCGGGCUGAGAGUGACGCUGAUCAGCAACUGUGAGGAGUCAGCAGCCGCUGGUCCUGGCCCUGGCUCUGGCACCGACUACGAAAUGGUCAAGUCGCUCGUGUCUCACAUUCAUGAGAUGGACCGCAAGGACUUGUAUCAGUAUGCCCUGACGGCAAGCCUGCUGGCGUUGUUCCUGCAGCAGAAGGGCUACUACUCGGCCACCAAACACGAGAUGACGGCGGUCGGCGGCCAGAUAAUGCUGCACAUCUGUCAGCUGACAUGCAACGGACAUGCCAUCACCAAGUUUGUGCAGCAGACCAUGGAGUACGAGGGCAUGCCCGGAAUGGAGGUCAGUGCUGGCGAGAGGGCCGCCACCGCCAUAUAUCCCUCCGCCAGCAUGAUGAACCAUUCCUGUCAACCAAACAUCAUCAACAGUUUCUACAACGAGCACCUAGUGGUUCGGGCGAUGUGUAACAUCCCUCGUGGCUCGGAGGUGCUCAACUGCUACGGACCUCACUACCUGCGCAUGAACGCCAAGGAGCGGCGCAAAUGUCUGCGCGAACAGUACUACUUCGAGUGCGAGUGCCAACACUGUCGCGACGGCGUCAAGGCCGAGGCGCUGGCCACAUUCACCGCCUUGCUGUGUGCCAAGUGCGCCGGGCCGCUAGUGCCCGCCAACAUCAAGGUCGGCAUCUGCGCCCACUGCAAGAACAAGGCCUCUAUCACCGAGUUGACUUCCCACCUGACGGAGGCUGACAAGCUCUACGAUCAAGGCAUAACGAGUUUGGAAGCUGGAAAUGCGGCUGAUGCAAUAAGCAAUUUGCUGAAGUGUCUACCGCUGCUGGAGUCGAGUGUUUACAAGUACAACAAACGGUUGAGAGAGUGCAAGGAUGCAUUGUCGAAAGGUUUCUCAAUUUUGAAUAACUAUACGGAAAGUCGGAAGUACCUGGAAGAAUGCAUUCCUGUUGUGGAGAAACAGUUCGGCGAGAAAAGCAUUGAAGUUGGAAAUGAAUAUGUGAAGUUGAUGACCAUUUAUUUGACUGAAGCUGAAUUAUGCAAAAAUAAGAAAUUGAAAAAGUAAAAAACUGGAGGAUGAUUGCAUCAAAGUCGGUAUAAAAGGACAGAAAAUUUUCGAGCUCUACUACGGCUACUGGGACCGUCAAUGCAAAGACAUAUCUGAUAAAGUGAAUAUGUUGAAGGCCCUUCCUGAAUGUAAGAACGCAUCUGAUAAAUUGAACACGUUGAAGGCCCUUGCAGAGUGCUCUUCAAGGAUGGCUUUUCCUGAAUGUAAGAACGCAACUGAUGAAUUGAACGUGUUGAAGGCGCUCCCUGAUUGUAAGAACGCAACUGAUGAAUUGAACACGUUGAAGGCUCUCCUAGAGUGGAGUACAAAGUACCAGAAAUAAAUCCCAAUCGUCUUAUUUUCGCUGUUGUACUUCGAUUUAUCAACAUUGAUGUUAAAACCCUAUCAGAAGAUUGAUGUCUAUUAAUGGCUCUUGAUAAGUAAGAAUCAUUCCCGAAAAAUCCUUGUCCCUUUGAUGUUUACUCAACAUUAUCAAGAUUGAUGUUGAAAUCCUAUCAAUAAUUCUGUUAUCCGCAGAAAAUAAUUUAUGUUUAAAGGUUGAUGUUGAAGACUCUUCAUGAGUCUCAAAAAGUUAUUGUCGUCUUUGCGCUCUUUUGCUUAUCAAGAUUGAUGUUGUUGAAACCCUAUAGAAAUAUGUUAUCUUGCAAACAAGAAGAUAAAAAUGUUUAUUGAUGUGAAAGUGUUGAACACUCUUCUAACACUUUAUGAACACUAUUGCUAUUAUCAAAAGAUAUUGAUGUGAACAUUUUGAAUUAACUCUAUCAACAUUGAUGUUAUCAAUAUUGUCUCUAUCAACAAUUAUGCUGUCUUAUACAAAAAGAACCUGAGAAAAUGUUGAAGGAUCUUAUU